GAAGCAUGUACACACUAGAAUGAAAGAUAGUACAAUAUUUCAUUUUAAAAUACACCAGAUGACGCUUAACUUGGAAAAAUGAAUGUCCAAUUUGUCAUGAGCCAGCUUAUAGAUUGGGCGAAAAAAGGAGGGAAAAUAAUGGCAGCUUCUGUAAAUCAGUCUUAAUCAGCCGUCCAAUAUACUAGACUUCACAAAAGUCCAAUGAGAAGAAACACAUAAUGACAUAAUAAGUUAAAAAAGGGAGAAAAACAAAAAAAGGAUGGAAAGAAAAAACAAAAGGUCUUCAUCGUCUGUUAUAAUUUCGUUAUGAACUAGGCUGUAAGAUGCUCUAUUUCCUCUUGCACACAGAAUUUGAAACAAGGCAGAACCCAGCGGCUAUAUGUACGUUUCUCAUCUGUCGUUAAACAAUUAGCUGCAGUCAUGUCCUUCCAUAUUAAUCGAAAGCUGAUGUUUGAAUCUCUUGAUAAUUCCACCAGCAAAACUUGUAGCAGCUAUUAUUGCAACCCAGAGGUGUAUCAUUCUAGAAUUUGUCCACUGUCAUGUUUUUAUAUUUGCCAGGGUAUAUGUCUUCUUCCAGAAAUUGAACUACCACCACAACCACCACUAAAUUUCACACCCAAAUUUCCUCUUUCGCAGUCUCCAAAUAAACACACUCUUUCCAUCUUCUUGAUCCUUCUAAUUUCAGUCUUAUUUUGUGCCUAUGUCAUUCACAAAUUCCGCAACUCAAGAACUUCUUCACAACCCGAGCAACAAGUAGUAGUAGAACAAGGAGAGUUUAGUAAUAUUCAAACAGUGGGUCUUCAGCAAUCAGUCAUCAACACCAUCAAAAUCUGCAAGUAUAAAAGAGGUGAAGGGCUAAUUGAAGGAACAGAGUGCUCUGUUUGCUUGAGUGAGUUUCAAGAAGAUGAAACUCUUAGGAUUUUGCCAAAGUGUAACCAUGCUUUUCACAUACCUUGCAUUGACACUUGGCUCAAAUCACACACCAAUUGUCCCAUGUGCCGUUCUGACAUUGUCAUCACAAUUCCCGCGACUGCAGCUUUCAUGGAGCGAAACGUGUGACUCAUCUAAGAGCUUAAAUUGUUGAAAAACACAUUUUUAUUUACUUUAUUACUCUGUGACUUUCGAA